AUGUACGAGAAUCGAUUUGAAACAUUCGACAGGGUUCUGUCGCGAGCACGGAAAUUACGAUCGGUGCCGGCCUAUAAAGACGUUUAUAUUCGAAAAUCGAUGACCCAAGACGAACGCAAGAAAGAGAAAGAGUUGAGAGCGAAAGCGCGAGGUAUUCUCCGGCUUUGUCAACCUAGACGAUGUUUAUGCCAGAUUUCGUUGAACAUCAGUUUGGCUCCAUUCCUUGAUGCCGCAAAAGGGAAACGUUACUCUCCACAACAGGUCCCCUAG